CCCCCCCCAGAAAGAGUGGGCGUAGCUGACAUACAAAGUCAAGAAGCCAUAGAUAGAACCCUACUAGUACGUACCUAGUACCUAUGCAUGGUAGACUAGCUAGCUAUGUCGUCCCGAUCCCGUGGCAAGCUGUAUGGUCGAGUAACUAACUUUGAGGACCUGGAGCCUCUCACAAGCAGUCAAGAUGAUGACGAUGAAGAGCCGUUCAGCGGAGAAACUAUUGUCUCAUUCACUCGGAGCCCUUCUAAACGAUUAAAGAAAAGGAUAGUUUGUGUUCUGUUGGUCGUGCUGGCUGUAUUGGUGGCAGCUGUUGUUCUAAGUGUAGCUAUACCAUUGACUCUAGGCAAGACCCAAGGCAGUGGUGGGCGAGGAAAAUGCUCUCUAGAACCAGAGGAACGGUUCGACUGUCUGCCAGGCCUUGACUCAACCAACAAAAGCCUCUGCACAUCUUUUGGUUGUUGUUGGGAAGUAACAAGUGACUCUCCAAGUUGCUUCUACUCUGCUCUUUCUGGCUACACAGUGUCGAGUGUGCAAGCUUCUCCUCUAGGUCAGCAAGUAGCAUUGGAGGGAGGCGGGGUAUCUCCUUAUGGUCCUGAUAUCCCCCAACUGACUGUGGAGUUUAGACAUGAGACAGACACACGACUACGCAUUAGAGUAACUGAUGCUAAUCGUGAUCGCUAUGAGGUCCCACUGCCAACUCCUCCAGUCACUACCAAAGCUCCUAACCCACUCUAUACUCAUAGUGUGACAGCUGAGAAAGAUCACGUGUUUAGUUUCAGUGUUUCACGCAAGGACACGGGAGUUGAGAUCUUUAAACUGGCUCCAGGUCUUGUAUUCUCUGAUCAGUUCCUUCAGAUGUCCACCUAUCUUCCAUCAGCUAAUGUAUAUGGUCUGGGGGAACAUGCAGACAGACUCAGACUCAACACUAACCAUUCAACCUACACUCUGUUUGCCUCAGACAUUGGUACCAACCCUGACGACCCUUCAAGGAACUUGUAUGGAGUUCACCCAUUCUACUUAUGUCUUGAGGCUACUGGCCAUUCGCACGGAGUGUUCUUGCUCAACAGCAAUGCCAUGGAGGUAUACCUGAGUCCCAAGCCAUCCCUCACUUGGCGGUCACUUGGUGGAAUAUUGGAUCUCUAUGUGUUUAUUGGUCCAUCUCCUGGGGCAGUCGUCAGUCAACUAACAGAGGUCAUAGGUCGACCACAUCUUCCUCCAUAUUGGGGCCUGGGGUUCCACUUGUGUCGUUGGGGCUUUGGUUCAGCUAAUAAUACUCGUGCAGUUGUUGAGGAAAUGAGACGCCUUCAAAUACCUCAGGACGUCCAGUGGAGUGAUAUUGACUAUAUGGAUCGCAAACUGGUAUUCACUUAUGACAAAGACAAGUUUCGAGAGUUGCCUCAACUGGUGGACGACCUUCACCAUCACGACCAGAAAUACAUCAUCAUUGUGGAUCCUGGAGUUAGUAACAAGCAGAGAGGUUAUGCAGCUUAUGAUUCUGGCCUGAUAAUGGAUGUGUUUAUCAAGAACUCUAGCGGUGCUCCCAUUGUUGGCAAGGUUUGGCCCAAUGAGACAGUCUACCCUGACUUCACUCAUCCUAAUGCCACCAACUAUUGGACUAGCCUCAUUGCAGACUUCCAUAAAGUGAUUGCAUUCGAUGGACUCUGGAUUGAUAUGAACGAACCUUCAAACUUUGUCUUCGGGUCUACAUCUGGUUGCCAUGGAGAUGAACGUUUGGACCACCCUCCCUUUGUUCCAAAGGUGAUUGGAUCUCAGGAUAAUGGACUCCUAACCAAGACCUUGUGUAUGAGUGCAGCACAAAGCCAGUCAUCUCAUUACAACCUGCACAGUCUCUAUGGACACACAGAAGCUGUGGUUACUAGGAGGUCACUGGACAGUGUGCUGGGUGUACGCUCACUCCUCAUAUCACGCUCUACCUAUACUGGUGGAGGGGCUGUUACUGGACAUUGGUUAGGGGACAACACGAGUCAAUGGAAGCACCUCAAAGCAUCUAUACCAGGAAUACUAGACUUUGCUCUCUUUGCCAUACCAAUGGUGGGUGCUGAUAUAUGUGGCUUCUUUGGUAACACAACUGAGGAGCUGUGCACGCGAUGGCAUGAGUUGGGAGCAUUUUAUCCAUUCUCCAGAAACCACAACACCUUCAAUGCUAUAGCCCAAGAUCCAACUGUGUGGAGCAAUGAUACCAUUGAUACCAUCAGAGAAGUGUUGAGUCUACGCUAUCGACUUCUUCCUUAUCUAUACACACUCUUCUAUUGGUCUCACGUGAGCGGGUCCACUGUAGCAAGACCACUCUGGUUUGAGUACCCUCUGGACAAUGAGACAUGGUCUCUAGACACACAGUUCCUGUGGGGGAGAUCCCUACUCAUUAGCCCUGUCCUAGACCAGGGUGCAGUGGCGGUGGAGGCUUAUUUCCCAGAGGGAAGAUGGUUUGAUUUAAGGAAUGGGUCAGAGGUGAAAGGUCAUGGCUAUGUGACCUUGGACGCUCCUUUGUCUUACAUUCCCCUACAUGUAAGAGGAGGAUCUAUUCUACCGACUCAAGCUCCUGCUCUAACCACGGCUCAGAGUCGUAAGAAUCCAUACUCGUUGGUGGUUGCUAUGGAUACCCGCCUGCAGGCAGAAGGGACUCUGUACCUUGACGAUGGUGAUUCACUAGACUCCGUUGCCGCGGGUAACUAUAGCCUCUAUAUCUUGACUGCUUCGCGUGAUGGUAUUCGUGGUCGUGUGACAGGUGUCAGUAGUCAUGUGACUCUGGAUGAGGUGGUGGUGUAUGGAUUAGACCACACCCCUUCCGCUGUAACCGUUAACAACGUCACAGCGUCAUUCAACUGGGCUUCUGAUACACAGGUGUUGUAUAUUGGAACCAACUGCUCAAACUUCACUAGCGGACUUGACAUUCAGUGGACCCUUUGAGAAUUAACAUUCUUAUCAGGAGUGCAUGUUCUAGUGAUCAUAGUGUUGCUUUCAUUUUUACCGUCAUAAUUAUGUCAAGUUCUGUUUUGUCAAUUGGAAUGUGCAGUACCACUAA